AAUAUUUAUAUCGAACAAUAAACAAAAUGAAAAAGAGAAAAAUAUUGAAGAUAGAUAUGAUUGGCACGUGAACGUUAACUUCUCAUAACCAUAAUUAAUUUUUAAAUUACUAAAUCAUGAUAUAAUACCGAGCUGACAUAGGUUCAUUGUAAUCAAAUAGACCCGAGAUUUUUCGACCUAAACUUUAGGUUCUUAUGCGGUAAGUGAUUUUUUAACCAAUAUUUUUUUAAAAAAUGGGAUCAACUCAUUAGUAAACAAAUUAUGUAAGUAACAAAAAGUUCAAAAAAAAUUGUUUAAAUACCAAAAUAUUAAUUAAAUCAAGAAUAUAAAUUUAUUUUUUCGUAUAAUAUUUUUAAAAUAAUUUUUAUAUAAAUUUAUUAUGCGUCUUGUCCUGGUAAAAUUAUAUUUCCCUAAACUCUUUCCAAACGAUCAAAUGAAUUUCACGUGUUCCACUUUUGUUCUGCUUAAUUUAGAAAAUUAUUGAUUUUAUUUUUUCUACGCGAGCCUAACUCGUUCGUUCAUUCUUCUGAAAUCCCAACCCUUCGAAAUUGACCACUCCACUAAAAAGAGUAUACAAAAAGUCAAAUAUUUUUCUUAGAAGACCUAAUUUUUCAAACACUUCUUCGUUGACCUGUGGCAUCACUCCCUCGUGUAUAAAUAGCAUUCCCGUCCUUGGUUACUCUUCAUCCAAAUACAUUCAUACACAUACAAACACACGCAACACACAUUCCCAUACAAAAAAAAUUGUUUGCAAUUUCUCUCCUUUAAAUUCUAGCAAGGCGAUAAAAGAAUGAAUACAUUCAAGAUAUCCCAUUUCGUUUUGGUGAUCCUAAUGGUUUUAGCCAUUGGUAUAACACUUAGUGAACCGCUAAGGGUUGAGGCGAACCACAGAGACAGAUAUGGUCGGUUGAUAGCCUCUACACGGGGGAGAAAAGGUUGGAGCCGUACAAGUGCAGCAAUGACAUGUGACAAAAGCCCCCGAGUAUGUCGUCUCAAAGGAAGUUCAGGCCGUGCUUGCUGUCGUAAGAGGUGUGUGGACUUGAGGACCAACAAAUUGAACUGUGGAAGGUGUGGGAAAAGCUGUCAAUACUCGGAGAUUUGUUGCAACGGGUAUUGUGUAAACCCAAUGUUUGAUAAGAGACAUUGUGGAGGUUGCUUUAAGAAGUGCAACAAAGGGAGAUCGUGUGCCUAUGGAAUGUGCAGCUAUGCUUAAAGAAACAAUGGGGGUACUAAGGUUAUUGAGAAAAAGUUUAAUUUGUUGGUUUAAAUUGGAUUACAUUCAUAUUACAAUCUGUAAUAAAUAAAUAGAAAACAUUAUAUCUAUAGCUUACACAAGGGUGGUCAAAUUGUUAUUAAAAUUCCGAAGGGUCCUGUAAAAGUUUGUCAUCAUUUUAUUGUUUAAUUUCCAUGUUCUUGUGUCAUGUAAAAAACCAAUGUACUAAUCUUCAAUGACGUUUUCAGUUUCUUAUGCUAGUUUCGUUUAUUAUUAUUAUUAUUAUUUUUUUUUUUUGACGUCGAGUUUCGUUUAUUAUUAUUAUGAAUCCUAAACAUUAUAUAUAGUAUUACUAAGUUAGACGGUGUCAUGAAUGUUUCAUUCAAUAGCCUUUUGUCACAUUUUAGUAGGUUUUGGUGUGCUGUAACUAUUACGAAAACCAAUAUCAAAGAAUUUAAAGAAUUCCAAGAGAAUUCAUCUCAUUAUUAUUUUGUAUCUAAAUAUAACACAUCUGCUAGAGAUCAUUUUAUCUAGGGGAGAUUAAUUCAUUGCCUGAACUCCUCUUGUUAAAUAAAAAGUAUCAUUAAUUUUAUCCUUACAUAUUAUUUUAUUUUAUAAAAAGAGUUAUUAUAUGAAGAAUAAAAUAAC